GCAUGUGUUGUUGAUGAUCUUGAUACUCAAUUACUCAUAAUAUUUUUAUUUUUCAACAAACAAAUUGCAAACAACAAUCAACAAUUAUUCAUAUAGUUAUUAAAAUACAAUAAAAAAUGGUCAAGGAACAAGAUUCAAAUGAGCAAUCAUUAAAAAAUGAAAACAACGAGCCACCAAUAUUUGAAAGAAAAACAGCAAAAUUUGAAGGUUUUGAUACAAGAUUUACUCAACCAACAAAAGAUUUUUCAAAACAAUUUUAUCAUGUUUAUCUUUGUCGUCUUGAAGAAUUAAAAAAAUUAAUAAUACCAAAAGCCACAAAAAUUUGGGGUGAUGAUGUAAAAAUAGUAACACUAGCUGAAUUAGAAAAUUAUGACAAUGAAAAAUGUAUUAUUAUUGGUACAUUAUUCAAGCAUCAAAUUUGGAAACCAUCAAUUUUACGUGAGCUAAGUGAAGAUACUCAAGAAACAAGUGAUCGUUCAGAAAAACAUGAAGAUUAUUGUAGUGAUAAAGAUACAGCAUAUUUAGAAGAUGAAAUGUUGAGAAUAAAAAUCAUUGGUGAUAAUGUUGAUUUAAAAAAAGUUGUAACUGGUGUUGUUUGUGGUUUACUUGGUAAAAAACUUGAUGAUGGUACAUUUGAAGUUGAAGAUUGGUGUUUUCCAGGUUGUCCAACUAAAAAACCAACACCAACAACACCAGUAUCUGAUGGUAAAUUAUUAUUAUUAUCUGGUCUUGAUUUAGCAAAUAAAUCAAACAAUCCAAUGUUACUUGAUUUAUUAAUUGAAUGGAUAACUGGAAUGGCUGGUACCACCAAUACCCAACAAGAUGUAUCAUCAAUUGUAAAUAUUUUAAUUGCUGGUAAUAGUGUUAAAAGUUCUUCAUCUGAUCAUGAUAAUAUACAAGGUUUAAUGAGCUCCAAAGCAAUUAAAACACAAGACACACAAGAAAUAUCAUCAGCAAUUAAAAAACUAGAUAAAUUAUUAAGUGAAUUGUUGGAUUAUUCAUCAGUAAUAUUAAUGCCUGGUGAACAUGAUCCAACAAAUUUAAUGUUACCACAACGACCAAUUCAUCGUUUUGUACUUAAAAAUAGUUAUAAAUAUGAUAAUUAUAAGGGUGUUGGUAAUCCAUGGAUUGGUAAUAUUGGUAAUCGUAUUAUUGCUGGUACAAGUGGACAACCAAUUGAUGAUAUUAUUAAAGUUACUGGUGAUAAAUCAACAUCAACUAUUGAAUGGAUGGAAAAAACACUUGAAUGGCGUCAGUAUUGUCCAACAGCACCAGAUACACUUCCAUCAUAUCCAUACAAUGGAAAUGAUCUUUUUAUUAUGCAAGAAUGUCCAGAUAUUUAUUUUGUUGGAAAUGCUGAUAAAUUUGAUACAAAAUUAUGGAAAGGUGAAGAUGGACAAACUGUUAGGAUCAUUUGCAUUCCAAAAUUUUCAACAACAAAUACUGCUGUUUUGAUUGAUUUAAAAAGUCUUGAAGUUACACCAAUGUACUUUGGAACAUCUUGAUUAUUUUAUAUGUCAUCUUCAUUUAUCAUUACUUUUAUUAUUAAUUUUUUGAA